AUGGACCAAAUUCCCAUUAGAGCUUUAAUUUCGAGUGUUUACACCAACUUGAUGUUUCGUGAAGUACAAGUUGAGCUACAUGAUAUGAACUAUUAUGAUGUAGUGUUCUUGAAAAGAAAAGGUCCCGAUAUCAUCUAUAAAGUUUCGGAUAGGGUUUUUGUGAAAGAUGGCACUACAAAGCUAUUGGAGUAUGAGGUAGCAUAUAACCCUUCCAAUAAAGAGUUUGCUACAACCUCAAGUACUCACGUUGUCGGUACUGGCAUAGAAGUCUCUCAAGUACAUGAAAUGGAGAAGCAAAUUGGAGACAUUAGGGAGGAAUUGAGUGCUUUAAAACAAGUUUGUUAUAGAUGGAUUGCAAGAAAACAGAGAUGCUAUCGGCAUCAUCAAAACAAUGAUAGCCAAUGUAAUGAAAGAGAUCCAAACCAAUCCUUCUCUACAUCACCAACAACAUUCUCAGCAACAUGGAAUUCCAAAGCAUAA